AUGCCGCGCCAAACGGUGGAAACACCCAUACGUCACUCAUGCGACCGUUGCCAUAGUCAGAAGCUGCGAUGUACACGUACCGGCAUCGAAAAUACAGGUGCAUGCAUACGCUGCCAGCGCAAACAUGUACAAUGUAUCUAUAGCUUCGCCCUACCCGAGGGCCGACCAAGCGUGUACGAGCCUAUCGAUGCAGAUCAUGAUCCACCGUCAACUCCACUUCCACCGUUAACUUCACCUCCACCCGCAUCUCCCAGGGCGAUACAAUCUCAAUAUACUGAUGUGCGAAGUAUUAUUAGUGAAGCUAGCAGUAGCGGAUCUGAUUAUGAUGUCGUCAUUGGGCAACUUUCCCAACUCAGCAUUCGUCUCUCGAGAUUGUGUCGCUUAGCCGAAGAGCUCGCGAGCCCAUCACGAUCUUCAAUUCAACCUGGACAUGAACGAGUUUGUGUCAGUAGUGAGCCACUCAUAGAUGCUACUGCUUUUGAUUCGGUUGCCUUGUGGCUUGCCCACGGCUCUACUGGCUUCAGUUCAUUCGAGUCGACACGAUCUCCAAAUGGUCAACCAACACAGGAGCCCGAUAUCAAAACGCCUGGUGGUAUGCUUUACUAUCUCUUCUCGGCUUCGCAGUUUAUGUUAGAAAUCCUAGGAGAUCUACACCCGAAUGUUGGAGCUAUGUUCACGACCACUAUACCAUCGCCGAUGGAAUUCAAUCCAUUCGACAACGUCAUCUGUCAUCUCUCUAUCGGCUGUUAUUCCUCACUCAUGAAUAUUUAUAUCUCAGUAUUAGAUAUUCUCGAGCAUGAUGCAAAACUAAGCAAUCAGGCGGAUAGGGCAGUACUGGGUGAUAUUCAGCUCGUCUCUAUUGUGCAGAUAUGCUCUUACCUCAUCGAGCGACAGAACCAAGCGAUUGGUUUAUACCUAUCCGCUGAAAGCUCUACUGUCUCGCCAUGGCAAGAUCUGAUGGCCAAAUCAAAUAGACCUGUCUUACAAUCCCCCGAUACUGCUACAAGAGAGGACAUGAGGUGCUUGGAAAUGGAACUCCAGCAGCGACUCUCGCGACUACAGCAAAUUCUGUGUUUUUGA